GGUCGGCGGCGGGCGGGAGCGACGCGGCCGUGUGCCGCUGCCGGAACAAAAGAAACAAUAAAACAAAAAUGCCGCAAAAGCUCUAUAGCAGGAAGGUGGAUUCCUCCACAUCAGCCUGAUUUGUAACACACGCAUGUAACUGCCCCCCCCCUCCAUACACCGCAUAGUUGCUAACUAUGCGCAGCAACCGAGCGCUAGUGGAAUGGGAUUAUGGUGGCAGAGCCGCCUCUGCUCCUUCACAGCUGAUGCCGCUCGCUGGAAAGCUCGGGCUCUGCCUUGCCGCCUGUUUCAAGAGGGAGCAGCAAACACUGCCAGCAGCAGCAGCUUCAAUCACCACUUCUAUCUCGUCCUUUUUUUCCUCUUAGCCCCUCGGCAGUGCCGGCUAUGGAGGUAGUGGGGGAAUUCGAGUACAACAGGAAAGAUCUCAUAGGACACGGAGCCUUCGCUGUGGUCUUUAAAGGCCGCCACAGGAAGAAAGCGGAUUGGGAAGUAGCAGUGAAAUGUAUAAACAAGAAAAAUUUGUCAAAAUCUCAAAUCUUGCUGGGUAAAGAAAUAAAGAUAUUAAAGGAGCUUCAACAUGAAAACAUCGUUGCACUUUAUGAUGUUCAGGAGACUCCAAACUCUGUUCAUUUGGUGAUGGAGUACUGCAAUGGUGGUGACCUGGCAGAUUAUCUGCAAGUCAAAGGAACACUUAGUGAAGACACCAUUAGAAUCUUCCUCCAGCAGAUUGCAGCCGCGAUGCGAAUACUUCACAACAAGGGAAUAAUCCAUCGCGAUUUGAAACCACAGAAUAUCCUACUUUCUUAUGUUAGCCGGAAAAAGUCCAAUAUGAAUGGCAUUCGUGUCAAAAUAGCUGAUUUUGGCUUUGCCCGAUAUUUACAGAGUAACAUGAUGGCUGCCACACUUUGUGGUUCUCCCAUGUACAUGGCACCUGAGGUUAUCAUGUCACAACACUAUGAUGCUAAGGCAGAUCUCUGGAGUAUAGGCACUGUGAUAUUUCAGUGCCUUGUUGGCAAGCCUCCAUUCCAGGCAAACAGCCCACAGGAUUUAAGGCUCUUCUAUGAGAAAAACAAAAGUCUGGUCCCCAACAUCCCAAGUGAAACCUCUGCUCAUCUUGGUGAGCUUCUACUCGGCUUACUUCAGAGAAACCAGAAGGACAGGAUGGAUUUUGAAACAUUCUUCAACCAUCCUUUCAUGGAUCAGGCAUCAUCAGUCAAAAAAUCAUGCCCCGUGCCUGUGCCCACGUGCCCUGGUUCUGUGUCUGGUAGUUCUUGCGGCAGCUCUCCGUCCUGUCAUUUUGCCUCUCCUCCAUCAUUGCCAGACAUGCAACGGAUACAGGAGGACACUCUGUCUUCCCCACCUUUGGGUCCUCCUAACUAUCUGCAGGUUUCCAAAGACUCUGCAAGCAGUGGCAGUAAGAACUCCUCAUGCGACACAGAUGACUUUGUUCUUGUUCCACAUAGCAUCUCCUCUGAUCAGUCAUAUGAUAUGCCAUUGGGAACAGUUGGCAGACGAGCUUCCAGUGAGUUCUUGAUGUGUGGAGGGCAGUCACCUUUAAACUCUUCAGGGGGCUCAUUAGCACUGCAGAGACCUUCCUCAGCCUCAUCCAGGUCAAGCUCUUCUAGCUCAGCCAACAGGCAGUGUCCACCUCCGGUGUCCCCACGUACUGAGUCAGCUCCAAUUCCUGUCCCGACGCAGAUUAGAAACUACCAGCGGAUUGAACAGAACCUGCAUGUCAUUUCUGGCCACAACACUAAUCCCUAUGGAUCACCCAGGUCUGGAAUGGUAAAGAGAUCUAAUACAAGCCCAAUGGGUUUCAUGAAGCUUACAGGAGGGUCACCAGCUGCAGCUGAUGCACCACAAAACCCAGGCCGCAGACUCUCCACUGGAUCCUCCAGGCCAUAUUCCCCUUCACCUUUAGUUGGCACGAUUCCUGAGCAGCUUAGCCACUGCUGCUGUGGUCUGCCCCCAGGACAUGACUCACGAUCCAGAACACCAUCAGGUUCACCAUCCCCACAAUCACACUUAAUGGGUGCAAGACUCCAAAGUGCCCCGACUCUUACUGACAUCUACCAGAGCAAGCAGAAACUCCGUAAGCAGCACUCAGAGCCGUUAUAUCCUCCAUCAGCGGGUUAUGGAUGUAGCCAUUCUCCACAACCUGGUAGACCUGUUAGCCUGGGUACUUCUCCUACGAAACAUAUGGGAACAUCUCCACGAACGUCUGACUGGCUACAUAAAACUCCCUUGCCCACUAUCAUUGGGUCACCAACAAAGACUACUGCUCCACUCAAGCUACCUAAAACUCAAGCAUCUUCCAAUUUACUUGCCUUGGCUGCACAGCAAGAAUUAACUGAGAGUCCAGCAGUACAGUCCAAAGCGAUGCUGGAGGCUAGAGAGUUCUGCAUCUACCAUCCACAAGCGAGUGCUAAACGAACAGCCUCUGAGAACAAAACUACUUUUGGCAGAUCUGUAAGUACUGGAAAAUUAUCUGAUCAAGCAACAAAGGCCACAUUUGGAGGACAGACCUAUCAAGGAAGUACUGACAGUCUGAAUACUGAGCGUCCAAUGGAUAUAGCUCCAGCAGGUGCUUCCGGUUUGGCAAUGGGUUCCCCUGCCACAGUGAUAGGAGUGAGCCCAAGGACUGUGGUGUUCACUGUAGGCUCACCACCAAGCAGUGUCACUCCUCCCCAUAGCAGUCACAUGGUCACCAGAGCAAGGACCAUGUCAGUUGGCUCGGGAAGCCCGCUGGGAUCUCUCUGCUCUAACAGUGGGCGAAUUUACAUGGGUUCCCCGCCCGGUGGUUCAAUGGGCACCUCCCCUCCCGGAGCAGAGGCUCCCUCAAGUUUGAAGUACAUGACGUUUGGAACCUCGCCUCCCAGUUUGGAAGGAUUUAUCACAUUUGAAGCUCCAGAACUUCCAGAAGAGACUUUAAUGGAGAGAGAGCAUACGGAUACCUUGCGCCACCUGAAUACAAUGCUGACGUUUGCAGAGUGCAUUAUGGACAUUGCAGCAACAAAAGGAGGUAGCUUAGACCUGGGGACCUCUGCUGCCUCUCUGUACCAAAUCCAGGAGAGCAUUGUGGUCGACCAGAUCAGCCGUCUCAGCAAGGAGUGGGGACAAGUGGAGCAGCUGGUGCUAUACAUGAAAGGAGCACAACUUCUGGCGUCAUCUUUGCACCUUGCCAAAGACCGGGUUAAAUCAGGCAAGCUGAACCCAUCCACAGCAGUUAAGCAAGUUGUUAAAAAUCUGAAUGAACGUUACAAGUGUUGCAUCUCGUUUUGCAAGAAACUUACUGAGAAACUGAAUCGCUUCUUCUCCGACAAGCAGAGGUUUGUGGAUGAAAUCAACAGUGUCACUGCAGAGAAACUGAUUUACAGCUACGCUGUAGAAAUGGUGCAGUCAGCAGCAUUGGACGAAAUGUUCCAGCAAACAGAAGACAUUAUGUACCGGUACCAUAAAGCAGCAUUGCUGUUGGAAGGCUUAACGAAGACACUACAAGAUCCUGCAGAUAUUGACAACAUCCUCAAAUACAAAGCCAACAUUGAGCGCAGACUCUCAGCUCUGUGUCAUGCCCCAGUGGCUUUGUACGACAACUAGCCUUCCGGAAUGGACCAUGUGCAACAAUGCAGGGACCACUGCCUCUCCUGGAAUCUUGGAGUUGCCUUUUUCCCCAACCCUGCUCCCAACAACCCACCCACCCGUUAUUUGGAAAACGGUCCACACUGGGUUUGUUUUGUUCUCCACAGCCUAUGCCAAUCCACCAGGUGAAGAACGAUCAAUUUUUGUUUUAGAAGAGUUACCAAAGAGGAGUUGUUGUUUCAAGAGAAAGGAAAUAUAUGUAUAAAUACAGAUUAAUACUUCUGAAAGCCCCCUCAGACAUUUAGCAUAUUCUUUCAUUUCAGUUUACCUUGUGGGGCAGUGACUGCUUCUGGCUCCCAAAGCCACCCGAUUGCUGGAAUUUGUUAAGAUAAGCAUGAAUGAAGCUGAAGUCUGUACUCCACGUUCAUUGAAAACUCAAGGGGUACUUAGAAACGUGUCUUCAGAAUAAACAGCAAGGCUUACAAAGGAACUUUGUGCCCUGUCUGUUGUGCAUGGGACACGCUGACAGAUUGGACUCCUGUCACUGAAACUAUUACCUUUUUAUAAGAGACACUAAUGGUGUGAUAAGUGAAUAGAUGUUACUUACGGAAUUUGUAUGUUUUACCAUGAUCCUUGCACAGCCGUUCAGAGGCACGCAGUGCCUUGUGUCUUCAGAUGUUUCAUCAAAUUCACCUCCACCCAUGGAGAAGAGCACUUUAUGUGACUAAGAAGUUAACAAAAGGACAGUAAGAGAUGGAGUGGCCCACCCCAUCGCAUAAACUGCAAACCAGAUGCCACACUGGAUGGACUGGAGAGAGGGGACUUCCUUGAUUUUACUUUUUUGUGUAGCUCCCUGGGCAGGAGUUUCUGAAAUGGCGAAGACUGUGCUCCUAUGGACAACCACUUCUGAUUGCACUACUGUGGACCUUUCAUAACAUUAUGCAGAACUCCUCACAGAAUGGAGCAUCUUAAAAGGAAUGAAGAAAAGUUAAUGAACAGUAACGGAAAAGAAUAAACCAUCCGGGUAGUAUAAGCUCGAAAGGCAUUCGACAGAGGACAUUUUAACGUUUGGAGCCUAAAGCACAGAGUGCUUGACACUUCAACGCAAAAGACUGCAAAAAAAAAAGCCUGUAUUAUUACAAGCCUUUCCAUUUUUUUUUACAUAUUAAAUACUUGAGUAGUUCAUAUAGAGCAACUAUCUGUAUAUAAUGAAACUAGUAUUUUUCCUCUUAUUUUGCCAUCGAUUGCUGACUUUUAAACAAUUAUUUUUUGGCUGUCUUUAUGUUAUGCAUGUGAUAAGUGUGACUGUGCCAUUGGGCCUAAUAAUAUUGCUGAUGAUGCUGUUUCUGCAGACAGUAUUAUGUAGAUAAGCAUUUUUCCUGUAGAAUGAGAACCUAUUGUACAGACUAACAUAAUCCUUGGGUAUUUUCAGGGGUGGAAAAAAGUAUUGGGACUCUGGUAACCAAUCCAACAAGCACAAUCAUCUCUUUGUAUUAUGUGUGAUUGAGUUAGGAUGAAUCAGGAUCAGUCUUGGAUAGCUGUGUGGAGGACUACAGCUGAGCUAGCUAGUGUAUCUUACAAAAGGAGAAGUUUCUGAAAGUAGUGAUUAUAAAUUUUAUUUCUUAAAAUAGUAGCUUAGGAAAGGAAUAGACAUUUGUGAUGUGUGAUUCUCAGGUUGGGAAUGGGAAGCGUUCAACUAUUCUGUUUCUUUCUCUCCGUGCAUCAAUUCUUACCUUUUGAAAUUGGGUUCUCGGUGAUUUGUACACUCAGUGGCCACUUUGUUAGGUACACUCCUGUACCCAAAGGGAGCCGCAGAAUACCACACCGAUUACCGCUCCUGUGGAACCCAGCGUGCUCUCCUGCUGCUGUAGCCCAACCACUGAGAGGUUUGACAUGUUGUGAGUUCAGAGAUACUCUAACGUACACCACUGUUGUAACACGAUCUUGUCAGCUUGAACCAGUCUGGCCAUUCUCCUCUGACCUCCCUCAUUAACAAGGCAACUUCACCCACAGAACUGCUGCUCACUGGAUGUUUUUUUGUUUCUUGCCUCACUCUCUGUAAACUCUAGAGACUGUUGUGCGUGAAAAUCCCAGGAGAUCCGCAGAUUCUGAAAUACUCAAGCCACCUCAUUUGGCACCAACAAUCAUUCCAUGGUAAAAAUCACUUGGAUCACAUUUCUUCCCCUUUCUGAUGUUUGGUCUGAACAACAACUGAACCUCUUGACGACGUCAGCUUGAUUUUCUACAUUGAAUUGCUGCCACGUGAUUGGCUAAUCAGAUAUUUGCGUUAACAGGCAGAUGUUCAGGUGUACCUAAUUUAAAAAGUGACCACUGAAUGUAUACCGUUGUUUAACUGCCCCAACAGACCAGGAGCAGCGUUGACCACUGCACGCAGAACAACCUCUCCAGCAUUCUGUUCCAGAGCUGUUCAAUAUCUUUUCCACCCUUGGGCAUUUUUGUUCUCCAUUUUUUUUAAUGUUUCUCAGCUGCUCAAGUACUUGAAUAUUAAACAUUAACAAUCAUGUUUAAUUUCCCAGAGACAGUUUGUGGAAAUAUUUCCAAUGUAGCAAUGGAUUUGGCUUGUUUAUGAAGCUUGUCACCCCUUUCGUUCCCUCCCCCCCCCCCCACACACACACACACACUUUAUAUUAUGAAAAGUAACCAAUGUGUACAUUUAUUUAUCUGUAAGCGAUUCCAUUAAUUUUGAAGACCUUUUAUUUAUAAAAUAUUUGUACUAUUAGAUCUUUAAUAGUGUUUCUACCUCUCAUUGUGUAUAACAGCAUGCAUACUCUUUAAGAAAUCAGGUUGCAAACAGUCAUUUGUUAUGUAGCAGCCUUUUUAAUAUGGCCUGUAUAGAUGUACAUUAAAAGGCAGAAAUAAAAUUGACCUGGAAUAUUAAUAGAUUGACUUAUAUUGAUCUGCUUUGAGCAGUGAGUGUUCUAGUUACAUUUUACUGGCUUGGCACCAUAUAUUUUUCGAUUCAGAGGGCACAUUUCCAUAGGAGCAGAACUCAGCCAUUUUGGCCCAUCAUAUCUGCUCCAUCAUUCCAUGAUUGCUGAUUUAUUUUCCUUUCAACCCCAUUCUCCUGUCUUUUUCCCAUAGCCUUUGAUGCCCUGACUAAUCAAGUACCUAUCGACCUCUGUUUUAAAUAUACCAGAUGACUUGGCCUCCGCAGCUGUCUGUGGCAAUGGCCUGUAAGGAGUUUGUACAUUAUCCCCGUGACCGCGUGGUUUUACUCCAGAUGCUCCAAUUCCCUCCCACAGUCCAAAGACCUACCGAUUGGUAGGUUGGUCGUUGUAAAUUGUCCCGUGAUUAGACUCAGGUUAAAUCAGGUUGCUGGGCAGCAAGGCUUAAAGGGCCUGAAGGGCUUAUUCAAUAAAUAAAUAAAUUUCCACAGAUUCACCACCCCUGGCUAAAGAAAUUCCUCCUCAACUUUAUUGUAAAGGGGCAUCCCUCUAUUCUGAGGCUUUUGUCAGUGUAGAUUUCAGUAAAGUUGUAUGAAAACCGGGCUGAGAAGUGGCAGAUGGAGUUCAACCCUGAUAAGUGUGAAGUGGUUCAUUUUGGUAGGUCAAAUAUGGCGGCAGAAUAUAGUAUUAAUGGUAAGACUCUUGGCAGUGUGGAGGAUCAGAGGGAUCUUAGGAUCUGAGUCCAUAUGACACUCAAAGCAGCUGCGCAGUUUGACUCUGGUUAAGAAGGCACACGGUGUAUUGGCCUUCAUUAAUCGUGGAAUUGAAUUUAGGAGCUGAGAGGUAAUGUUACAGCUGUAUCGGACCCUGGUCAGACCCCACUUGGAGUACUGUGCACAGUUCUGGUCGCCUCACUACAGGAAGGAUGUGGAAGCCAUAGAAAGGGUGCAGAGGAGAUUUACAAGGAUGUUGCCUGGAUUGGGGAACAUGCCUUACGAAAACAGGUUGAGUGAACUUGGCCUUUUCUCCUUGGAGCGACAGAGGAUGAGAGGUGACCUGAUAGAGGUGUAUAAGAUGAUGAGAGGCAUUGAUCAUGUGGAUAGUCAGAGGCUUUUUCCCAGGGCUGAAAUGGUUGCCACAAGAGGACACAAAUUUCAGGUGCUGGGAAGUAGGUACAGAGGAGAUGUCGGGGGUAAGUUAUUUUUUAUGCAGAGAGUGGUGAGUGUGUGGAAUGGGCUACCGGCAAUGGUAGUGGAGGCGGAUACAAUAGGGUCUUUUAGGAGACUUGGAAGGGUACAUGGAGCUUAGGAAAAUAGAGGGCUAUGGGUAAGCCUAGUAAUUUCUAAGGUAGGGACAUGUUUGGCACAACUUUGAGGGCCGAAGGGCCUGUAUUGUGCUGUAGGCUUUCUAUGUUUCUAUGAAAUCUGAACAUGUUUGUUGGAUGGGGAAAGGGUGGAUGCCCACAAAGGGGGAGGCUGUUUCCUGCCAAGCGCUCUGCAGCCAGCCGGCACUCUUUGUGGAGAGUACCUGGUAACGUCCUGCAUUCACCUGUCACACAGCAUCUGAGAAACAACGCCAUCUGUGCGGAAAGUAGGUUCAGACCUGCAUGCUCCUGUUCCAGAAGAACCUAUCCUCUUGUGAAUAACAAAAAGUGAGGUGUGGACAGAGCUGCAAUUUGCAUUUGUCAAUACAUGCAGUGCUGAAACAGGCUCUUUGGCCCAUUCAGACUGUGCUGAACCGUUUGCCUAGUCUCAUUGGCCUGCACUCACCUUCCAUAUACAGCAUUGUUCAGGCUGCACUUGGAGUAUUGUGAGCAGUUCUUGGCCCCUAUCUAAGUGCUGAUAUUGGGGAGGUUCACAGGAAUGAAAUGAAAGGGUUAAAAUCAGGAGGGUUUGGCUCUAGGCUUGCACUCACUGGAGUUUAGAAAAUGAGGGGAAAUCUCAUCAAAACAUUGAAAGGCCUAGAUUGAGGAUGUGGAGAGCAUGUUUCCUACAGUGGGGGCAGUCUAGGAUCAGAGGGCACAGCCUCAGAAUCGAGGGGCAUCCAUUUAGAACAGAUGAGGAAACAUUUCUUUAGCCACAGGAUGGUGAAUCUGUGAAAUUCUUUGCCAGAGAGCUGUCAGGCCAUUUCUCUGGUUAUAGUUAAGGUGGAGGUUGGUAGCUUCUUGAUUAGUAUGGGCAUUAAAGAUUAUGGGUAGAAGGCAGGAUAAUGGGGUUGAGAGGGGUAAUAAAUCACCCAUAAUGGAAUGAAGGAGCAAACUCGAUGGGCUGAAUGGCCUGAUUCUGCUCUUAAUGGUUUUAAAUCCCUCCCAUCCAUGUACCUAUCCAAACCCUUAAAUGAUAAAGUUGAACCCUCUGGCUGCUCAUUCCACACACUCACCACCCUCUGAGUGAAAAAGUAAAAAAUAAACAUUUCACCUUCCACCCUUAACCCAUGACCUCUAGUUUUGGUCUCACCCAGAUUCAAUGGAAAAAUCCUGUUUGUGUUUACCCUCUCUCCCCCUCUUAACUUUGGUAUACCUCAAUCAAAUCAGCCCUACACAACUGAGGGUUACAUUACUUCAACAACAACUACAGUUUCCUGUAGUGGGGGAGUCUAGGGUCAGAGGCCACAGCCUCAGAAGAGGGACAUCCAUUUAGAACAGAGAUGAGAAGGAAUUUCUUUCACCAGAGGGUGGUGAAUCUGUGGAAUUAAUUACCACAGACAGCUGUAGAGAACAAGUCAAUGGAUAUAUUCAAAGCAGAGGCUGAUAAGGUUCUUGAUUAGCAAGGACAUCGGAGUUUAUGUGGAGAAGGCAGGAGACUGAGGUUGAGAGGAUAAUAAAUCAGCCAUGAUGGAAUGGUGGAGAAUACUCGAUGGCCUGAAUAGCCCAAUUCUGCUCCUUUUUCUUAUGACCUUAUUGCAUUAAUUUGCUAUCCUGAGCUGGUGAAGACUAUAGUAGACUGAACUCUGUGAAAUAGGUUUGCCUGCCGUGUAAGAUGAUAAUUGUCUACCUGAUGGUCUUAGAGUCUUAUUAGGACUCAGCUAGAUACCACAAACGUAUUGCACCAAGUUGAUUGAGUCCGGUGCCCUUCCUGAAGGAUGUUAGUGAAAUUAUUGUGUUUUUAAUUCCAUCAAAGGCUAGUUAUUAACUUUAAGCUAACCUUUGGAUUGGAGUUCAUAGGUCCUUGCCCAGUGCCUUAAUUGCUCAAUGUUCAAAGUAACUUUAUUAUCAAAGUGCAUGAACAGUACAUGUCACCAUACACAACCCCGAGAUUCAUUUUCUUGUGGGCAUUCACAGUAGGUACAAAGAAUCAGUGAAAAACUACACACAAAGACGGACGGAAAAUCAACGUGCAAAAGAAGACCAACUAUGCAAAUACUAAAAAGAAAUACUAAAUAAUACUGAAAACGUGUGUUGUAGAGUCACUGAAAGCGGGGCCCAUAGGCUGUGGAAUCAGUGCAGUGUUGGGCUGAGUUAUCUGCACUGGUUCAGGAGCCUGAUGGUUAAAGGGUAAUAAUUGUUCCUGAAACUGAUGGUGUGGUGCUAAGAAGGCUCCUGUACCUCCUGUUUGAUGAUAGUGGUGAACAGAAAGCAUAGCCUGGAUGGUGGGGCUCCCCAAAGCUGGAGGUUGCUUUCUUGCGACACCACUCCUUGUAGAUGUACACAGUGACUUUUCCUUUGCCCUGUGAUUCCAUAUUUUUGUGUCACAUUACAGCUCAUGGCUCCCCGCACCCCACAAACAACAAAAAGUCGUCUUCAUCAAUUUUACUUUCCAAUGCUCACUUCCCUUUUUUUUGUUCCUUAUGAAAACACUCUUACCGUCCAGAAUUCUCCAUUCGAAUGCUGUCUCUACAACUUAACAAGUAGUUUGGUGUUUCCUUUUUAAAGAUUAAAGAUUAGCUUCAUCGCAUGUACAUCGAAACAUGAAAUACAUCAUUUGCAUCAACGACUAACACAGCCCAUGCUUCCAAUUCAUACAUACCAUGCCCAGUACUCACUAACUGUAACCUGCACAUUUUCAUACUGUAGGAGGAACCCGGAGCACCCAGAGGUGACCCAUGUGGUCACAUGGAAAACAUACAAACACCUUACUGACGUUGGGGGGGAAUUGAACCUCAAUCUUUUGACUCUGAUUCUGUAAAGCUUUACGCUAACCGCGUCGCUACCACGCCACCCAGACCACAGUCCCUCUGUCAACAUGUGGUGUUGGCCCACCAUACUGACUUGUUGGGUUAAAAACCCUGGUGUAGAUGUAGUGUUGACAGUUUGAUGCCAGCUCUGAACCGAUUCAAUAAUCCUCGUCACAGCAAAUGCACGGGGAGGAAUGGAAUGCCGUGUUAAUUAGUUUCUCCCCAGUGGUUUUUUGUUAGCAAAAGCAAUGUGACCCUAAAGGAGUCUCUGAGCUCUGCUGUGCCCAUUUCGUUCACCACCCCUGUUAAGGAACAUUAAAUACUAUUGCGCACAUGAAGGAAGAGACAAUGUAGCCCAUCGAGCCCCUACUAGCUCUGAGGACUUCCCAUCGGUCCCAUCCCCACACUUAAUCAAAUCGAACGUAGAACAGCUUCAGCCUACAAUGAUGUGCUGACCUUUUAACGCUGUUCCCUGUAAGCCGCACGGUGACGGAAAUGCUCCCGUGCACAUAGCCUUUGUUGCCACGCAACCGGAAUUUUCUUUUAUAUGAUGUUAGUAUAAUCUUUAAAUCUGUGUAACAUAAUUGUGAAAUACCCUGUAAUUAAUUAUGUGUUAAUGAAUAAGUCCAUAAAUUUUCUAAAUAACAAAUCUUAACACAAGUAUUACUUUGAAACAUUUUAGAUCAGGGGUUCUUAAGCUUUUGUAUUGAAAUACUAUUAUCAAAAUAUUAAAAAGCUAAUUUGUGA